GGAGUUCGUGAACGCACCGUGCACUCUUUGCACGAGACUCUUUUCCUUUCUUCUGAUUGGUCGCUCCAGUUUCCGGUAAAAUAUAUCCAAAAUGGCGUCUACCCUGGUGGCGCAUGUCGUCGCGGACGCUGGCGCGUUUUUAAAGAAAGCUCCACUGCAGGAUAUCGGAAGCAACAUCUACACACUGAGAGAUGUGGUCAACGAGAUCAGAGACAAACCCACCAGGAAGAGUCUGGCCGUCCUACCGUACCAGCUGGUCUUUAAAGAGCCUCAUCCUGAACACGUUAGACUGGGUAAACUAAACCUGAACACGUUAGACUGGAUAAACUAAACCUGAACACGUCAGACUAGAUAAACUAAACCUGAACACGUCAGACUGGGUAAACUAAACCUGAACACGUUAGACUGGAUAAACUAAACUAAACCUGAACACGUUAGACUGGAUAAACUAAACUAAACCUGAACACGUCAGACUGG